GAAUUCCUCCUAUGAGUGGAACAGGAACACUGCAGAUCUAUUUACUUGAUAUCAAUGACAAUGCCCCUCAAGUGUUACCUCAAGAGGCAGAGACCUGUGAAACUCCAGACCCCAAUUCAAUUAACAUCACCGCACUUGAUUAUGACAUUGAUCCAAAUGCUGGGCCGUUUGCUUUUGAUCUUCCUUUAUCUCCAGUGACUAUUAAGAGAAAUUGGACCAUCACUCGGCUUAAUGGUGAUUUUGCUCAGCUUAAUUUAAAGAUAAAAUUUCUUGAAGCUGGUAUCUAUGAGGUUCCCAUCAUUAUCACGGAUUCGGGUAAUCCUCCCAAGUCAAAUAUUUCCAUCCUGCGUGUGAAAGUUUGCCAGUGUGACUCCAAUGGGGACUGCACAGAUGUGGACAGGAUUGUGGGUGCGGGGCUCGGCACGGGUGCCAUCAUUGCCAUCCUUCUCUGCAUCAUCAUCCUGCUCAUCCUCGUUCUGAUGUUUGUGGUGUGGAUGAAACGCCGGGACAAAGAACGCCAAGCCAAACAACUUUUAAUUGAUCCAGAAGAUGAUGUAAGAGAUAAUAUUUUAAAAUAUGAUGAAGAAGGUGGAGGAGAAGAAGACCAGGACUAUGACUUGAGCCAGCUCCAGCAGCCUGAUACCGUUGAGCCUGAUGCCAUCAAGCCUGUAGGAAUCCGACGACUGGAUGAGAGACCCAUCCAUGCCGAGCCCCAGUAUCCAGUCCGAUCUGCAGCCCCGCACCCUGGGGACAUCGGAGACUUCAUUAAUGAGGGCCUUAAAGCUGCUGACAAUGAUCCCACAGCUCCGCCAUAUGACUCCCUCUUAGUCUUUGACUAUGAAGGCAGUGGCUCCACCGCCGGGUCUUUGAGCUCCCUUAAUUCCUCAAGUAGUGGUGGUGAGCAGGACUAUGAUUACCUGAACGACUGGGGGCCACGGUUCAAGAAACUGGCUGACAUGUAUGGUGGAGGUGAUGACUGAACUUCAGGGUGAACUUGGUUUUUGGACAAGUACAAACAAUUUCAACUGAUAUUCCCAAAAAGCAUACAGAAGCUAGGCUUUAACUUUGUAGUCUACUAGCACAGUGCUUGCUGGAGGCUUUGGCAUAGGCUGCAAACCAAUUUGGGCUCAGAGGGAAUAUCAGUGAUCCAAUACUGUUUGGAAAAACACUGAGCUCAGUUACACUUGAAUUUUACAGUACAGAAGCACUGGGAUUUUAUGUGCCUUUUUGUACCUUUUUCAGAUUGGAAUUAGUUUUAUGUUUAAGGCUUUAAUGGUACUGAUUUCUGAAAUGAUAAGUAAAAGACAAAAUAUUUUGUGGUGGGAGCAGUAAGUUAAACCAUGAUAUGCUUCAACACGCUUUUGUUACAUUGCAUUUGCUUUUAUUAAAAUACAGAGUUAAACAAACAAAGAAACAAAAGAACUCAUGGAGAGAUUUUGUUAUCCUGGGGGAUGAGACCAUGAGACUGGAAAAUGUACAUUACUUCUAGUUUUAGACUUUAGAUUUUUUUUUUUUUCACUAAAAAUCUUAAACCUUACGCAGCUGGUUGCAAAUAAAGGGAGUUUUCAUAUCACCAAUUUGUAGCAAAAUUGAAUUUUUUCAUAAACUAGAAUGUUAGACACAUUUUGGUCUUAAUCCAUGUACACUUUUUUAUUUACUGUAUUUUUUCCACUUCACUGUAAAAAUGGUAUGUGUACAUAAUGUUUUAUCAGCAUAGUCUAUGGAGAAGUGCAGAAACUUCAGAACAUGUGUAUGUAUUAUUUGGACUAUGGAUUCAGGUUUUUUGCAUGUUUAUAUCUUUCGUUAUGGAUAAAGUAUUUACAAACAAAAGUGACAUUUGAUUCAAUUGUUGAGCUGUAGUUAGAAUACUCAAUUUCCAAUUUUUUAAUUUUUUUUUUAUUUUUUAUUUUCUCUUUUGUUUGGGGAGGGAGAAAAGUUCUUAGCACAAAUGUUUUACAUAAUUUGUACCAAAAAAAAAAAAAAAGUCAAAAGGAAAGAAAGGGGUGGCCUGACACUGGUGGCACUACUAAGUGUGUGUUUUUAAAAAAAAAUUGAAAAAAAAAAAAAGCUUUUAAACUGGAGAAACUUCUGACAACAGCUUUGCCCCUGUAUUGUGUACCAGAAUAUAAAUGAUACACCUCUGACCCCAGCGUUCUGAAUAAAAUGCUAAUUUUGGAUCUGG